AUGAGGCUCACUACGGAUUUGAUCAACAACUCCCUCUCCUUCAUUAAUUGUCUCACGGAGCGUGAACUCGAUCUACGAGGCCACAAAAUCUCCGCCAUCGAGAACAUGGGUGCGGCACGAGACAACGACGCGAUCGACCUGACCGACAACGAUAUUGCACAGCUGGGCAACUUUCCGCUUCAGCCUCGCCUGCGUACGCUAUUUCUUGCUCAAAACCGCAUAUCGAACAUCCAGGCCAACCUGAGCUCGAGCAUCCCGAACCUUACGACACUCGUUCUCACCAAGAAUAGGAUCACCGAGUUGGCCGAGCUAGACCCUCUGGGUGGCUUCAAAAAGCUGGUGUAUCUUUCCCUGAAGGACAACCCGGUCACAAGCAAAGAGAACUAUCGACUAUGGAUAGUAUGGCUCUGCCCAACUGUCCGCUAUCUUGACUUUGUCAAGGUACGCGAUGUCGAGCGCCGUAAAGCCACCGAGCUAUUCGGAACAGCCGAGGAACCCUCUGAGCUAGCGACCAAGAUCAAGGGCCAGAAAUCGAAGGGCUUCGUUGUGCCGAACUACACAAACGGCGCCGACACCCCGACGAAAGAGCGCAUCUGGACCGAGGAAGAGAAGAACAGGAUGCGGGCUGCGAUCAGGAAUGCGAGCUCCUUGGCAGAAAUGGCGAGGCUGGAGAAAGAUCUUGCAGAGGGGCGGAUACCAGCGUAUGUUUUGGAGGGUGGCGAUCCUAUGGAGACGUAG